AUGGUGAGAGUCAUGCAGCAGGGGAUGGAGGUUCUUAAGUGCAGGAUCAAGUGCAAUGAUGAGCCCCCCUGGGAAUCUGAGCCUGGCACUCAGACAAUGCAGCCUGGCCAUGCUCACAUUCCCGUCAAGGGAUGUGUGAACAUUCUGAUUUUGGCAUCUGUUGGUGAAUUAUUAAGAACUUGGAAGAAGAUGCCCAAAGUCAACAACAUGCCAACCAUUACUAUUCGCACCACUCUGACCUCUCCAAAUGUAAACUACAUCCGAUGGAAAGUACAUGGAGACUGGGUUACUCAGCUAAACUACUAUGACUCUAUGAAAGCCAUCAUUUCCAGCUCCAACCACGAGCCCACAGCUCUAGUAAUAGGGUGCACAUUGGGAACGACAAAUGUCAAGCAAAAGAUGAAAGAGAUGAUACAUGUGGGAAAAGAUGUCAAAAUCAGGGAAGGCUCAGCCUCCCCUUCUGUGCCUCAAAAACGGGCAGAAUGGGAUCAAAUGGUUUUUCACAUCUAUAAAGGAGUCAAAGUGUUUUCAUUCUGCAAGAGAAAGAACUUGCUGCUGACGGGUGGCAUGGAUCGGAUCAUUAGAGUCUGGAAUCCCUAUAUGCCCAGAAAGCCAACAGGUAUGCUGAGAAGCCACACGGCCCCUGUGAGCUACAUCCACAUCUCCUCGGAGGACAGCAAAAUAUUUUCUAUGUCCAUCGACAACACUGUCAAGAUUUGGGAUCUGGAGACCCACAGCUGCUUGUUCACAGCCUCCUCCAAAGCCAGUGGUAUUAAGGGGGAGUUUGCAACCUGCCUUUAUCUCCCUGGCCCCCAAGCCCUGUGUGUGGCCACUGAUUCUGUAGCACUCCUGAAGCUGAGACUGAGGUCUGCCCCAGAGCCCCAGCUGGUGCUUUCUCACCAAGAGCCUGUGGUAUGCUGUGGAUAUAACCCAACCUUCAGGCAUGUGGUCAGCUGCUCAGAAGCAUCAGUAGUGAAAGUGUGGGAUUUGGACACAGGAAGACACUUAUCUGAAUUUAUUGGAGAUCAUGACAAUGCUGGAAUUACUUGUCUGACCUUUGACUCCAGUGGAAGAAGGCUUGUAACCGGGGGCAGAGAUGGCUGUCUGAAAAUCUGGAGCUAUAACAAUGGACACUGCCUGCACACCUUGAGACACGAUGAGAAACAAAGUGAAGUCUGCGAUUGCACCUACCUGGAGAUAAACCAAAAGAAGUAUGUCAUAGCGGUUGGAUGGGACCGAAGAAUAAAUAUGUACUUUGAUGCCCCACAUGACUUUCAUCACUUCUGGAAGCCGCAGCCUCCCUGGCAGGAUGACCUGAACCAUGGGCACAAGGAGGACAUCCUCUGUGUGGCUCAAUGCCCACCUUUUCUUCUGGCCACCUCCAGUUAUGAUGGAGAGAUUAUCAUUUGGAAUGUCAUCUCAGGCCACAUAUACUGCAAGCUGGACACUUCUAGCCAUGUGGAUGGCCUGGAUCAUGGAAAAGGCCCAGACCAAAGUGUCUCUUGCCUCACUUUCCUAAAGACUCGGGCAGCCAAGUUGGACUCGGUAGCUGCUUCUCUUAUGGCCAAUGGGCCUGGAGGUUCUGUCACCUUCUGGAAGCUAUUUGGUGGCGCUGGCCUGGUGGCAGACUUCACUCCUUCCAUAGAGAAAACCCAGGUGAGCUGCAUGGUGGUAACAGCAGGAGAUGCCCUCACCUACCUGGCUGACCAGCAAGGCUUUGUGCACGUCUAUGACAUCAAGGACUAUGGCCUGCAGGGACCAGAGCUGCAGCCUCCCAAAAAUGUGAACUUCUGGAGGGCCCAUGUCAACACAGUGACAUCUUUGGAGCUGAUCGAGGAAGAAAACAUUUUACUAUCAUCCUCACUCGACCACACCGUGUGCCUGUGGAGCAGGGAUGGGACAUGCAUAGGUACCUUUGGGCAGAAUAGCCCCUGGGAUAUUUUUACUCCUACCUCCUGGAGUCAUCCAAGAAACCCUGAUGAGAUUCCGAAAGAUUCCCAGAGCAUGACUGCUCACCCCGUGCUGGAAGGAGAUGCUCUUGCUGGGCACAGAGAAGGACAGGAGGAGCAGAACAACAUGAUGGAGGAGAAGGUCCCUGAUAAGAGAAAGGCAGCUGUCCUCGGCCUUGGGACUGAGGUACACAGCAUGAUCAACCCAGGUGUGACCCCCGAGGAAGCCAUGGAUCCUGUACAUUCAGUCCCCAGUGCAUGUUCUGAGAUGAAUUUAAAAGCAGAGCCUCCUAAUAUCGAGAGGAGAUGUGAUUGGCUUAAUGCCCAAGUCUAUGAAAGUCAAAGUCAGAGGAAGAGUGUGAUCAUGGGUUUCUACUCUCGUAUCUGUACCUCCUUCUUCCAGGUUGAAAAGAUCUAUAACCUUCCUCCUCCAGAAGAUUCCAAGGUUGAGGAUGAGGUGCAAGAAUGUAUGAACAAACAGUCUUCAUUUUUCCAUAGCAGGCUACAGCCAGCACUAAACAGGCCUUGCAAUAGAGUGCCAGAGCCCAGGUGGCCCAGCAUUUACCAGAGACUCCGGUGCCAUGAGAUUGCCUGCGUGUCUGUCCUUGGGAAGAAGCCAGAUUUGUCUAUUAUUGGCUCGGAUUUGUUCGAUGUGAAUUUCCGCCCGCAGGAAGAAGUGGAGCUGCCCAGAAGGAGCACUGAUCCUCUGUCUGAGUGCUAA